AUGGACAUGUCCAGUGCGAAGAAAUUCAAGAGACAGAUUGACACAACCGUAAUCCACUUCGACUACGACGCUUUUUACGCAAGUGUCGUCGAGAAUGAGUUUCCACAUCUGAAAUCGUUGCCACUCGCCAUACAGCAGAAGCAGAUUGUUGUCACAUGCAACUACGAGGCCCGUCGACGUGGCCUUUACAAGCUUCAGCUGAUCUCAGAAGCGAAGCGACUCUGCCCCGAUGUAGUCAUUGUCCUGGGCGAGGACUUGACAAGAUUUAGGAAUGCCUCAAAGGAGCUCUACGCCCUUGUCAGGUCUUUCUCUUGGAACGCGCGCUGUGAGAGGCUUGGUUUCGACGAGGUUCGUCCACCAAUUCUGUCUCAGGUCUUUAUGGAUGUCUCCGACAUCAUCGACUACAACACGGGUGUGCUGAACUCCAGCAACCUCAGCAAUUCAUUUUUCUGCCUCUCCAAGACCGAUCCUACUCUUGGCUUUGAAUUUGACGCAACAAGACUGGCAGGUUAUGCUUUUCCAGAUGCAUUGGAGCACACUUUAGGUAAGCGCAGAGUCGAGACCGCUGGGCUUGAUGAGAACGAAACAACUUUGCUCGGCAAUGCCAGCUCCGGUUGUUUCACCAAGACCUUGAUGCUGCUUGAACAGGAGAAAGGCUACACUGCCACUGUUGGUAUAUCAACGAACAAACUGCUUGCCAAACUCGUUGGCAACCGGCACAAACCCAAUGCACAGACGACAUUGUUGCCCCCAUACACGUCUGACCACACCGACAUUAGUGACAAUGUGACACUGUUCAUGGACGAUCACGAAAUCGGCAAGAUCCCUGGCAUCGGCUUCAAAAUUGCACAGAAGCUACGUACUCACGUCCUGCAAAGACCCGCGGCUAUCGACACCGGACUGGUGUACGGAGGCACCAAAGAAAGCGUGCUUGUACGCGAUGUCAGAGAGUAUCCCGGCCUCGGUCCAGAACUGCUGGAACGCCUACUAGGUGGAAAUGGCGCUCCCCAUGGCAUCGGCGCGCGAAUCUGGGAACUUCUGAAUGGAUGCGAUAGUGCAGAGGUCGGCCAGGCCAGGCAAGUUCCAACGCAAAUCAGCAUCGAGGACAGCUACAUUCGGCUCGACACCAUCAACGAGGUCACCAAGGAGUUGAGCAUGCUGGCAGCUAGCCUCUUGACGCGCAUGCACGCAGACCUGCUCGAGGACGAAGAAGAGGAAGCUGCGCACGAUGCACAAAGCAUCCCUUCAAAGCGCUGGCUCGCCCACCCCAAAACCCUGCGUCUCUCCACACGCCCGCGCCCGCCGCAGAAUCCCGAUGGAAGUCGCAACCGCUCUUUUGCGCGAAUAUCCAAGUCCACGCCAAUGCCCAGUUUUGUCUUCAAUCUCAAAGACAGUGUUGAAGGCAUUGUAGAGCGGUUGGUCAGGGAAACUCUUCUGCCGCUGUUUCGCCGGCUGCAUCCUGAGAAGAGCGGGUGGAAUUUAAGUCUGGUCAAUGUUGCGGCUGCGAAUAUGGCGGAUGCGGCGAGGGAGAGGGGCGGGGUGGGGAGGGAUAUUGGGAAGAUGUUUAGACAGCAAGAUGACGUACUGAAGCAAUGGAGAGUUUCUGAGGGAGAUGGUGGGAUGGGGGAUAUGGAAGGGAUUCUACCUGUUGUUGACGGGGAACAAACUCCGCUAGCUGUUGAUGUGGAUGACGAGGCAGAGCUGAAAGUACCCAGACUGCUGACGAGCAAUAGUGGGUCCGAAGACAUACCUACGCCGUCACAGGAAGCACCGGAUGUCGAAGAGUGUGACUGGCAAUCUGAGGAUGAGGAAAUGGGCGAUGCGGAGUCGUAUCGAUGCGAGGUUUGUGGUGCCGUCAUGCCUCUGUUUGCUAUGUUUGCGCAUGAUCGGUUUCAUGCGCAUUCUUGA